AUGAAUCCAAUAUUAUUAAUUACUUUCUGUUUCUAUCAACAAGCCAGUAUAAUUCAAUCAUUGACAGCAUUUCGUGAGACUCAACAACAGGAAGAACAACUAGUCAGCAGCAGUCCUAUGUAUCAAAAUGAAUUAUUAUCAUCAGAAGGCACUGGUGAUGAUAUCCCACAACUACUGGAAGGAAACCAGAGGCAACACGAUGAACAAGAACUACACCAAGUAAAUCCAGGUAAAUUUAUUCGUGAAAAAUCCUCACACCCAUUAUUCUUAUUACCACCAUCACGCUCAUUUUCAAAUAAUGAUUUACACAAUUAUCCCCUAAAACCGACAGUAUAUCAGUAUGUUAGAUCUUGCUGUAAUCGUGAAGUAAUGCGACCGAUGGGUGGUGGACAUAUGACAGGACCAUGUUGUGCACAGUUAAUACGAUUUAAUUAUUUCAUUCGACUAUCAUAUAAAUGGUUUAAAGAAGUAAUGAAACAAACGAAUAAAACAUAA